AUGAAGGCAGUGCACGUGUGUGUGGUUUGUGUUGGGCUUUGCCUGAGUGUGUUUGUAUGCGUGACUGGAAGUGUGUCACAGAAAGACUCCAGCUCUAUUUCAAAGGACAAGGAUGUCUUAAUACUUCAGAAAAGCAACUUCCAAAAAGCUCUCAAACGGCACAAGCAACUACUCGUACACUUCUAUGAACCACUCUCUAGAGAAUCAGUGGGAUCCAUCCUGGAGUUCAGUAAAGCUGCCAGUGAAUUACAGAGAGAGAACUCUCCCAUCAGGCUGGGCAGCGUGGACAUGUCCAAGGAGAAAGAGCUGGUGAGAGAGCUAAACGUCACCACUGUCCCUUCUCUACGCCUCUACCUGUCUGGAGACACGUCCAACCCCAUCUACUGCCCUGUUCUGAAGAGCUCCGUUGCUAUCCUGACAUGGCUGAGGAGAAGGGAGGGACCUAGCGCUGACAUCAUCACUGAUCUGAGCCAAUUAGAGAGCUAUACCAAAACACAUGAGACUGUUGUUCUAGGACUGUUCAAGGACAUUGAACAGGGCAUGGUGAAUGUGUUUUAUUCAGCAGCAGUUGACCUUCCUGACCUGCCCUUUGGGGUGACAGGAAGUAGUGAUGUCUUCAACAAGUAUGACAUCACCAGUGACACAGUUCUGCUUUUCCGCAUGUCAAAACUGGAAGAGAAGUUUGAGAUGUCAAGUGAUACGAUGAAAGAGGAUCUCAUGCAUUUCAUCAGAGUCAAUGAGAUGGCACUCGUCACUGAGUACAAUGGCAUGACUGCAUCUCAGAUCCUGAACUCUGUGCUGUUAAAUCAUUUGAUUCUGUUCAUCAAUAAGACAGAGGAGAGCUUUCCAGAGACAUACCGUGCCUUUGAAAUUGCUGCAAAACACUUCAGAGGACAGGUACUUUUCGUGCUGAUUGACGUAAGUGAAAUUCGGAAUGGGCGAAUCCUGGAAUAUUUCCGGAUACAUGCAGUGGAAGCACCAACGGUCCGUAUGGUAAACUUAACACACAAUGUUCAGUACCAGCUGCCCUCUGACCUCAUCAACACACACACUCUCCAAGAGUUCUGUCAGAGCUAUCUACAGGGAACAGCCAAGCCAAAGUUACAGAGCGAGCCAGUUCCUGCUGACUGGGAUAAACAGCCAGUGAAGGAACUGGUGGGGACAACAUUUGAGAGAGUUGUCUUCAACGAUAACAAUAAUGUGCUAGUUCUCUUCUAUGCCCCGUGGAACACUGAAAGUCAAAUGUUGUUUCCUCUGUGGGAGGAGCUUGCUGAGACCUUCGGUAACCAUGACAACACAGUGGUAGCCAAGAUUGAUAUAACCGCUAACGACGUAAACGUCCACCUGCCGGAGCGAUAUCCUUCAAUCCAACUCUUCCCUGCAGUAUACGCUGAGAGGAUGGUGCCAUAUUCAGGAAAGAGAACAUUAGAUGCUCUAGUUGAGUUUGUGAAUAUGCAUAUUGAGAAGGCCAUCAAAGACAAAGCCAAGGAGGAAGAAGAGAGGAAGAAAUUCCUGGAAGCACAAAAAGCUUUUGCCAAAGAAGAACUAUAA